UAUUUUUAAUUAUCAUUUAUUUAUGGAAGAGGCACGUGAUUUUUAACAUGUUGGUUAAAAGAUACUAACAAUCGAUAAGUUGUGUUAUAAGAAGUGUUUGAAGAAUUAUGAACGAGCUAUGAACGUUAAGGAAGAAGCCUGCUUAAGUAUUAAACAUUUUGAUCAUAGAAAAUUGUUUAGCCAAAGUAAUCAAUGGAAUAGAUUUUCUACAUAAUCUUAAUAACAAAGGAGGUUUGGAUAGAGCACCAUUUAAAACUGAAGGGGGUUUCUGGUCAAAGUGAGAGUUUAUUAAUAUUUAUUA